AACAUGGUGCAAGUCUAAUUCUCAGCGUGGUGGGACCCACAGCAUAUCUGAGAAAACCAAUCGUCUUCUGUAAGUUCUUCGAUCUUCUUCUCUUCCCCUCCCCCCUUACGAACCCUAAAUUUUCAGUCUUCAAAACCUCCUCCUCCUCGUUAUUAUCGUUAUCACUUACAGUAUUCAAAGUUUCGGAUCCUCAGUACGUGAAUAUCUAAUUUGUGGAAGAUUGGUUUAUAGUUUAGGGUAUAACCAUGUUCGAAGAGGAGAAUGCUAUUUAUCCGUCUAUAGAUCCAUCAGUAUUUGAUCUCGUAGUUGUUGGGACAGGACUUCCUGAAUCCAUAAUUGCAGCGGCCGCAUCUGUUGCAGGAAAAUCUGUCCUUCAUGUUGACUCCAACUCGUUCUACGGCGGCCAAUUCUCGUCUCUCUCCCUCAAUGAGAGCACCAGUUUUCUCCAUGCUCAGAAAACCCAACCUGAAACCACUCUUCCGCAUAGUUCAGUUGUCAAUGGAAGCAGCGAUGUUGAUGGGGACAGUGAUUAUGUGAUAUUUAAUCUGCAACCAAAGUCUCUUUACUCCGAGAUCGAGUUAUCCUCCUUACCAGAAGAAGAAAGUGUUAAAGCUUGUUCUAGAAAGUUCAACUUGGAUCUUUCAGGACCUAGAGUUAUGUUCUGUGCUGAUUCGGUAGUGAACCUGUUGCUGAAUUCAGGGGGCAUACAUCAUGUUGAGUUUAAGAGCAUUGAUGGUAGCUUUAUUUAUGGUGCAAAUGGAGAUUUUUCUGCUGUUCCUGAUUCAAGGUCUGCGAUUUUCAAAGACCGGAGUCUGGGAUUGACAGAGAAGAAUCAGUUGAUGAGGUUUUUCAAGCUUGUUCAGGCGCAUAUAGGAGAAUCAAUAGAGCAUGCUGAAGGCAGUGAUGAAAGUAGGAGGAUAAAGGAUGAGGAUUUGGAGAGUCCAUUCAUCGAAUUCUUGAAUAAGCAGCGGUUGCCUACGAAGAUAAAAUCUAUGAUCCUAUAUGCGAUAGCAAUGGCGGAUUAUGAUCAGGAGAAACCGGAGCUUUGUAAGAACCUCCUCAAGACUAAAGAUGGAAUAGAAAGUUUAGCUCUUUUCCACUCCUCAAUUGGCAGGUUUACUAAUGCACUUGGAGCAAUGAUUUAUCCAAUCUACGGCCAAGGCGAACUUCCACAAGCUUUUUGCCGUUGUGCAGCAGUUAAAGGUGCUCUUUAUGUACUGCGUAUGCCUGUAACAGCUUUGCUUUUGUCCAAGGAAAAUGGAGACUGCAAAGGUGUUAGAUUGGCAUCAGGUCAGGAGAUACUCAGUCAGCAUCUCGUUAUAAAUCCUUCAGUUACUGGUCCAUCACCACCACUCUUACCUCGAGCUCCAAAUUUGCCGGAAGAAUGCUCUGAAAGUGAUGACAAAGGCGAAGUCAUAGGAAAGGUUGCCAGGGGAAUAUGUAUUAUAAGGGGUUCUAUAAAGUCAGAGUUAUCAAACUUGCUGGUGAUAUUCCCUCCUAGAUCUCUGUGCUCUGAACAGGUGUCUUCCAUCAGAGUUCUCCAGUUAGGUAGCGGUUUAUCUGUUUGCCCGUCAGGCAUGUCGGUUUUGUAUCUUUCAACUUUAUGUGACGAUGUCAUCCAAGGAAAGAAGUCACUACAUUCAGCCAUGAACGCUCUCGUUGCACCUCCUCUUUCUGAAAACCCUGUAGAUACCUCCUCCAUACGAAGUGAGAAUGCAGGAGAUGCCAAGCCCACUUUAUUGUGGAACACCACAUUCAUUCAAGAGCUGGAAAAGGCUUCAUCAGGAGGAGCCAUCACCUCUUGCCCUACGCCAGAUGGGAAUUUGGAUUACAGGAACAUUUUAGAAUCGAGUGAGAAGUUGUUUCACCAGAUUUACCAGGAGGAAUUCUUCCCUAAAACUUCAGCUUUUGAGAAAAUUGAUGAUGAUGAUGAUGAGACUUAGCCGGAUUAGAGUCGAAGUAUUUGUUCCUGGCAUCUACUACUCUAUGGACGAUGGGCACCAAGGGCGGCCCUGGGCACCAACGACCAAAGCUUCACUUUAGGGUCCUCAUACUUGAUGCCUCGAAAUAUCUUGUCAUUUGUAUACCUCGUUAGUGUUAGAUACACUCUAUUUUACAGUCCCAGUUGUAAGGGUGUUAUAGAGUGGAGCCAUAUGAAUAAUUUUUGCACAAAUGUUCUAUCGAAGGAUUCGGCCGUUUCUUUUUUGUUACAGAGCUACAAAUUUUAAAAUGAGCUGAUAACAAUCGAACCUCAAAUUGAUGAUUUGAUUCUUA